UGGGAACCGGCGGGGGGGCGGGGGCGGCUGGGCACGGGCCUGGCGGUGUUGAACCCGAACCGGCUGCUGUCGCCGCGGCGGGUGGGAGCGCGGCCGCCGGCGCCGGCUUUCCGGCCUCAUGGACGCGCAGCGCGCUUCCCCGCGCCCGGCGGGAGAGGUGAGGCUGGCCUCUCUGCAGCCCGAGGCCUGAGCUCUGCCAUGGGGGUAGGGGUGUCAUUACUCCUGCAGUUUUCUCUGACGUCUGGGGGCCACCGGAGUGUGGGCCGAAGCCGGCGCUACAGCCGCAGGAGCCUCCCCAGCAGGAGCUGGAAAAAACCUCAUCUCCAGCUCCACAGCCUCCAGGCAGAGGAAGAACCCAUGCUGGAACGACGCUGCAGGGGCCCCCUGGCCAUGGGCUCGGCCCAGCCCCAGCUCCUUUCUGGGCCCUCCCAGGAGUCGUCCCAGACCCUGGAGAAGGAGCCCCACGGGCUGAGGUUACAAGGUACCUCGGUGGCCCAGCCAGGCAGCCAAGCUCCAGGUCGGGUCCAUCGCUGUGCCCACUGUCGCCGGCACUUCCCCGGCUGGGUGGCCCUGUGGCUUCAUGCCCGACACUGCCAGGCCCGGCUGCCCCUGGCCUGCCCGGAAUGCGGCCGUCGCUGCCGACACGCCCCCUUCUUGGCACUGCACUGCCAGGUCCACGCGGCUGCCACUCCAGACCUGGGCUUCUCCUGCCACCUCUGCAAGCAGAGCUUCCGAGGCUGGGUGGCCCUGGUUCUGCACCUGCGGGCCCACUCGGCUGCCAAGCGGCCCAUCGCCUGCCCCGAGUGUGAGAGACGCUUCUGGCGACGAAAGCAGCUUCGAGUGCAUCUGCGGAGGUGCCAUCCCCCUACGCCUGAGGCCCGGCCAUUCAUAUGUGGCAAUUGUGGCAGGAGCUUUGCCCAGUGGGACCAGCUGGUUGCUCACAAACGGGUGCAUGUAGCCGAGGCCCUGGAGGAGGCAGCAGCCAAGGCUCUGGGGCCCCGGCCCAGGGGCCGCCCGGCAGUGACUGCCCCCCGGCCCGGGGGAGAUGCCGUUGACCGUCCCUUUCAGUGUGCCUGCUGUGGCAAGCGCUUCCGGCACAAACCCAACCUGAUCGCCCACCGCCGCGUGCAUACGGGCGAGCGGCCCCACCAGUGCCCCGAGUGCGGGAAGCGCUUCACCAACAAGCCCUACCUGACCUCACACCGGCGCAUCCACACUGGCGAGAAGCCCUACCCGUGCACCGAGUGCGGGCGCCGCUUCCGCCACAAGCCCAACCUGCUGUCCCACAGCAAGAUCCACAGGCGGUCCGAGGGGUCCACCCAGAGCGCCGCCCGCGCAGGGAGCCCCCAGCUGCCAGCCGGUCCCCGGGAAUCGGCGGGGCCCACCGCACAGGCUCCACCGCGGCCGGCCCAGGAGCCUGCCCCCGCGCCUCUGCUGGAGGCGCCCGGAGAGGGCCCCCGGGACCAGGCGGAAGCGCCCCCAUCUGUCUACAGCUGCGAGGACUGUGGCAGGAGCUUCCGGCUGGAGCGCUUCCUGCGGGCCCACCAGCGGCAGCACACGGGGGAGCGGCCCUUCGUCUGCACCGAGUGCGGGAAGAACUUCGGCAAGAAGACCCACUUGGUGGCCCACUCCCGGGUCCACUCCGGGGAGCGGCCCUUCGCCUGCGAGGAGUGUGGGCGCCGCUUCUCCCAGGGGAGCCACCUGGCGGCCCACCGGCGCGACCACGCGCCCGAGCGGCCCUUCGUCUGCCCGGACUGCGGCAAGGCCUUCCGCCACAAGCCCUACCUGGCGGCCCACCGGCGCAUCCACACGGGUGAGAAGCCCUACGUCUGCCCCGACUGCGGUAAAGCCUUCAGCCAGAAGUCCAACCUGGUGUCCCACCGGCGCAUCCACACGGGCGAGCGCCCCUACGCCUGCCCCGACUGCGACAGGAGCUUCAGCCAGAAGUCCAACCUCAUCACCCACCGCAAGAGCCACAUCCGGGACGGCGCCUUCUGCUGUGCCAUCUGUGGGCAGACCUUUGACGAUGAGGAGAAGCUCCUGGCCCAUCAGAAGAAGCAUGAUAUCUGAGGGCAGGGGCAUCAUUCGGGAGGGAGCGAGGCAGUGGGGCCGCAGGGCCUGUGCUGCUGCUGGUGUGGCGAGGGCUGGAGGGGCAGGCCCGUUAGAGAGGGAGGCCAGCCUCCACACCUUAGGCCAGGGAGCCCCCUGCAGAGCACAGGGACCCGGCCUCCAGCUGGGGUUGGCCAGGGUUCCCUCCUCGCUGUGCUGUGCCCUGGAAAAGUAGCAAUAGCACCUGUACCCACCCCUUAGUGUCUGCCCUCCGCUGGAGGGGCUACCGGUGGACAGGACGACCCUUCUCUGGUGUUAACGCCUUAAUGUCCCUGCCUUUUAUUUUGACUCCUUCAGCUUGUUUUUGGAAGUAGGUGUGGUACAGUCCGUAGUAAAGAGCGCUUGGGAAGCACAGCGGACCAGCUGGAUACAGCCGGGGGAACCUGUUGGCCUUGUUAGGCAGCCCUGGGAGGUGAAGCCAAGCUGCUCAGACCCAUCCCACCCCAACCCUCCCACCUGCCCCUGCGUUGGCACCCAGUCUCGGAGAGACCCAUCUACUGUUAGUCUCGGCUUCCCUUCCUUCCUAGAGGUCAGUUCUGGCUUCUGCACAGGUCACCCCAUUUGAUUUUUUAAAAUAUAUAUAUAUAUUUUUAUUGAUUUCAAAGAGGAUUGGAGAGGGAGGGAGAGAAGCAUCAGUGAUGAGAGAGAAUCAUUGAUUGGCUGCUUCCUGCACACCCCCUCCUGGGGAUCAAGCCUGCAACCAGGGCAUGUGCCCUGACCUGGAACCUAACCAUGACCUCCUGGUUCAUAGGUCAACACUCAAUCACUGAGCCACACCAGCCAGGCCCAUCUGACUCUUUAUCCACCACCCUCCCCAUGCCUAGAGCACCCCUGGCUGUCAGCAGUCCUGUGUCCAGGGUUUUGUCUAAACACCCCAAACAUCUUUCACACCUUCCAGAACCCCACAUGUGGUAGUAGGGAUUGCCUGGCUGAUAUCAGAGGGAGAUAGGGGUGAGUUUCCUUUUCCACAUUUCUAGUGUCCGGAUGCCUAGCCUCUGCUUGAACACUUAGGUGACAGCGAGUCCCCACCUCCUGAGGCCCUGGUUCUGUUGUAGGGUAAUUCUAAUUGUUAGAAGUUAUUUCUUAUAAUGAAUGAAAUCUGCUUUCCUAUAAUUUCUACCUAGUGGGCCUUGUUCUAUUCUCUGGAACUAAACAGAACUACCACCCUCCUUUUCAAACUAGAGAAUAAAGAUUUGGUUU